AUGGACAUAAUCAUUCCCGAAGUCCUCGAUCGAGUCUGUUCGUUUCUCGACGUCGAGGAUGUGCGCACCUUCAGGCUGUGCUGCAGGGCCUACGCCGACGUAGGCGCCCGUUAUGCUCAUCGCGAGCUCAUCUUUUAUCUCCAUCAGGACGAUCUCGACGAGCUCAGGCGCAUUUCGUUGCGCCCCAUCGCCUCCAAGAACGUCCAUUCCCUUGUCUAUGUCGGCCAUACCAUGGAAUCCGAUAGGAUGUCCUCUCACCGGUUUAUGCGCUAUUAUUACGACUUCGUCAGGUCCGGCGAGAAGGUCAAGGCUCAACUGGCAAAUGAGGCGCCGCCACCAAGGCUGAAACAACGGCAGCUAGGAGUUCUGUUCAAGAAAUACGAGGCAGUCAUGGAUCAGCAGGAGAAGAUACUAAGCGGAAAUACGGAUAUUACCUACCUCAAGGACGCGAUUGCCCGCUUCGCGGCGCUUCGAAGCGUCACCAUGUCGUCUGGCUUCUGGUUCCUCAAAGGCAUGCGGAGGACUCCCUUCGAAGGUUGUCUGACCAACCCAGGCAGCAACAUCGAGCCAGAAGGCUGCCGGCAGAUCGAGUCGUUGCUCGCCGCCCUCUGUGAGGCCGAGAUCAGCCUAGCAGAACUGACCGUGGGGACGUUCACCUCAGGUCCCUCGAGAUGUGUAUCGAGACGGGCAUGGAAGGAGGAGGAGGGGAUCAUUCCCGGCCGUGCCGUGCCCGAGGCGGGCAUAGAAGUCCCCGGAUGCCGCCGCUUGAUGGAGACCGGGGUGCUGCGUGACUUUAUCGCAUCUUUACAAUGUCUCGAGACAUUGUACAUCGUCUUCGUGUGGCAUUCAGAUGAACACGGCUAUCCCGCCAAGCUAGGAGACAUCAUGCAACCUCAACAUCACUGGGACCACUUGGCCGACCUUACUCUCGGGAACAUUACCUGUGAGCGACAGGAUCUGAUGGCCGUGCUUAAGCGACACAAAGGCACCCUGACGAGCCUGUGCCUACGCGACAUUCAGCUGAGAACGACAUCGUGGCAACUGCUUCUGCCUGAAAUUAGGGGGGUCCUGCAGCUGAACAAGGCCUGUAUAUGUGGCGAGCUAUUCGGGCACGAAGAAGAUUCACCACGUUCCGAAUACCGGGACCUGGGAGAAGCAGAGUACGAUGAAACACCACUCCUGGACGCAGUCAACGAGUACGUAACCAGAAGGGGAAGAAGCAGUUGCCCUCUGAACAGCACCAACCGGCGCGAUUGA